AUGAUCAGACUCGCAUUAGUACUGGCUCUCCUCUACCUGCAGAGCGUCCACGGGAGCAACAUCGUCCUGACAAACGACGAUGGUUGGGCCGUGGCUUUGGUUCGAGCUCAGAAUGACGCGCUAAAGGCUGCAGGGCAUGACGUCGUGCUUUCAUGCCCUGCAGAAAAUAAAUCGGGUACAGGGUCUUCAAGCGCAACAGCCACGGUGCUUGCCUCCCCGUGCGAGUUUGAUACAUGCCCAGCUGGGUCUCCCGCGGAGGGCUUCAAUGCGUCCGAUCCUCAUUUGAACUACGUCAACGCAUUUCCUGUCGACUCGGCCCGGUAUGGAAUCCAGACACUCGCACCCCAAUUCUUCAACGGCAGCGCACCCGAUUUCGUCGUCAGCGGUCCAAAUGUCGGGAAUAACUUGGGAUCCACCGUGCUCAUCUCUGGGACAGUCGGUGCGGCAUGUGAAGCAGCACACGAGGGUAUCCCUUCUAUCGCCUUCUCCGCAGCAACAGGUUCCCAAGUGUCGUAUACCACCCUCGAAUCCAAUCCAGACUCGGCAGACACCCUCGCGGCACGAACAUAUGCUGCUUUGAGCGUCCAGUUUGUGCAGGCGCUGACGGCGGCAGGGGGGACAAUUCUCCCAACGAAUGUCAGCGUCAACGUGAACUAUCCUUCGACGAGCAAUUGUCCAGACGUAUCAAAUUUCAGCUUUGUGUUGUCUAGGAUCAAUGAGGACACAAGCGCGACGGAUGUGGAAUGGUGUGGAACAACUAAUUUGCCUGCAGAGUCGAAUGUGGUGAAACAGGGGUGUUUCGCUAGCGUGAGCGUCUUCAACGCAUCGACCAAAAGCGAUGUAGAUGCCAAUACGCAAGCAUUUGUACUGGGUAGGAUCAACGGGAGUCUAACUUGCUUGCCUGAUGGUAGUAGCAGCAAUGGACAAGUCACGAACGAUGGUGCGAUAACGAUGGAGACGACGACGAAGACGACGGUGGCAGCGGCGAUGGUGAUGGCGAUGAUGACGAGUUGA